UGGCCUCUCCCUGUUAUUAAAGUUUCUGGCUAGAUUUGAUCUAAAUGAUAAGGAUGCCAUAACUCUGAAGUCAAAAGAAUGGUUAACAUCAUGCAUAUAUAUGGAAUACUAUUUCUAAUAUAUGGCGUUUGGUGCCAAGAAAGCAGACGACAGUCGGCGUCAGGAUGUCCAAUUGACUUUGAAAGACACGAGGAUUCCUGCUAUCAAAUAUUCGCCAAUCCCACAUUGAAAUGGUGGGAGGCAAUGGAAUUCUGUCAGAUAUAUGGAAACGGGGAAGGUACGCUUGCUACAGUGGAGUCUGAGUCGGAACAACUAUUUCUUGAGAAUGAACUUAAGAAGAAAUUUCCAUCUCCAGUUGGCAAAGACUUUUGGUUGGGUGCUAACGACAUUACACACGAAGGUACUUGGGUCUGGAUAAGGAAGAAUGAAUACGUGCAAGAAUAUACCAACUGGGCACCAGGUGAACCUAACAGUGGUACAAAUGAAAACUGUCUGGCCUUGUAUGAUGGGUUACAGUAUAAAUGGAAUGAUGCACCUUGCGGGCUACCAGAGGGAUUCAUAUGUGAGAUCCCGGGUUCGUCACCGAAUGAGAUUAUUGGAUGAAUGUUACAAGUCUGUGUGAAUAAAGCAAUUUACGUUAA